AUGGAAGAGCUCGAGCGGAUUCAAGCUACAAACUCUCAAGCGGCUGCAAUGGUGGCGCAAUAUCAAUUAUCGGAGACACCUAGAGGGCGUGGUUCAAGACCUCAUCGUGCCCCAAAUGUUGAAAGACAUAGAGAAGUCCGAGGUCGAAAUGGUAGACCAACUAUUAUUCUUGAAGCAGUGGCGUCUUACGAUACGCAUAUAUGGCAUGCUUUCUUUGGAACCCCUGGAGCUCAAAAUGACCUCAACGUUCUUGGUGCAUCUAAUGUGUUCGAGCGUGUCAUAGGUGGAACUGCUCCUCUGGUUGAGUUUGAGGUCAAUAACAAAAGGUACACUAAUGGUUAUUACCUUGCUGAUGGAAUAUACCCGAGAUGGUCAACUUUUGUCAAAACAAUAUCGAACCCAGAACAGAAGAGGAUAAACACUUUUGUAAAAAACAAGAGGCUUACCGCAAAGAUGUGGAAAGGUGUUUUGGAUGAGGAAGAAUUUGCGGAGCCUGAAGAAGAUGAUCUAAUGAAUCCAGCAAUGGCAACCGUCUAUGAUUGGCCUGUGCAUCCUAAUAAUGGAGAGGCUAUUCCUUUCGAACCAGUGGGGAGAGAUGGACAGAAUCUUCCUUCAUUCAUGGAUCGUGAAUUUCAGGUAGAGUCGGCCAACCUCCACAAAUGCCUACAAGAUGAUUUGGUGAUGCACAACUGGAACAUGGAUGGUAACUGA